CUGGCAAGUUAGGUCCAGCAGCUGUAUGGAAAUGGCUGUGUUGUCAGGUCUGCAUCUCUUCGUAUUCAUCGUCGUUUUCCUUCAGACUGUAGACAGCAACCCGUCCUGUGGGUAUGGGAGCUGUAAUGCAGUAAGGGAAGGGAUGAUCAACGUCCAUCUGGUACCUCACACACAUGAUGACGUAGGCUGGUUAAAGACUGUUGACCAGUACUUCUACGGAGACAAGAGCAACAUUCAGAGAGCAGGAGUACAAUACAUUUUAGACUCAGUUGUGCAAGAGCUCCUCAGUGAUCCCACCAAAAGGUUUAUCUAUGUUGAGGUGGCCUUUUUCGCUAGAUGGUGGCGGCAGCAGAGUGAUAGCAUGCGUCAUACUGUCAAGGGUCUCGUCAAUCGAGGCCAACUUGAAUUCAUCCUGGGUGGUUGGUGUAUGAACGAUGAAGCCUCCACUCAUUACAACGCCAUCAUAGACCAACACACCCUUGGCUUUGAGUUCCUGCGACAGAAUUUCGGAGUUUGCGGUCGUCCGCGAGUGGCAUGGCAAAUCGAUCCCUUUGGCCACUCCCGGGAACAGGCUUCGCUUUUUGCUCAGAUGGGAUUUGACGGGCUAUUCUUCGGGAGAUUAGACUAUCAGGACAAAGAUGAGCGUAUCAAAACCAAGAGCAUGGAGAUGUUGUGGAAAGGGAGCCCAACCAACCUAAAGAAGACUGCAGACCUGUUCACCGGCGCCCUGUACAACGGUUACGGGCCACCUGAAGGGUUCUGCUUUGAUCUGUUAUGUACCGAUGACCCUAUUAUGGAUGAUGACCGCAUGCAUGACUACAAUGUUCCACGUAAGGUAGAAAAGUUUGUGAACGCCUCCAAGGACUGGGCAAAUGCAUACGCCACCAAACAUGUUCUUAUGCCAAUGGGGAGUGACUUCAACUAUCAAAGCUCUAAUGCUUGGUUCAAGAAUCUUGACAAGCUGAUCAAAUAUGUGAACAACCAAUCUAACAAAACCAAUGUAAACUUACUGUACUCCACGCCCUCGUGUUACUUGUCCAGCGUCAAUAAAGAAGCAGUUCGUUGGCCGACUAAAGAGGACGACUUCUUUCCAUAUGCACACCGGCCUCACAGUUUCUGGACCGGCUAUUUCUCUAGUCGUCCAGCUCUCAAGGAUUACGUCAGACGCACCAACAACUUCUUACAGGUAUGUAAGCAGAUGGAUGCUAUCGCUGCACUUGAGGACACUGACAACAGCACGUAUGAAAUUCGAAUUCUCAAGGAAGCUAUGGGAGUUGCCCAACAUCAUGAUGCUGUAUCAGGAACAGAAAAGCAACCAGUUGCCUAUGACUAUGCCCAGAGGUUAGCACAUGGUGUAGCAGCGUGCCAGAAAGUAGUAAACGACGCCUAUGGGAAGUUACUUCCACUGAAUACAUCAUACUCACCACCAGGCCAACAAUUCUGCAAUAUACUCAACAUCAGUGUUUGUGGUUUGACGGAAAACUACGGACAGUUUACUUUGACGGUUUAUAAUCCCCUCGGGCAAGCUGUUACAUCCUGGGUUAGAAUACCUAUAGUUGGUAAAGCCUACCAAGUGAAAGGACCUGAUAACAAAAAUGUUCCCUCACAGAUAGUACCAUUGACCAAGGAUACAAAGCGUAUUCCAGAAAGACAAGGAUCCAUCGCCCAAAACGAGCUUGUUUUCAGAACAAGUGUCCCUGCUCUUGGAUUCAGUGUAUAUUUCGUCUCGAAAAGUAACAAGGCAAGGGUCAAACUUGCGCAAACAACAAGCAAGAAAAGACUGGUGAAAAAUCAAGAAGGCGUAGAUACAGUUUUGAAAAAUGAGCACGUGAGUCUGAGAUUUGAUGGGACCAGUGGGCAACUGAAGACUAUGCGUAACCUCAAUAGCGAUAUAGAGAUCAGCCUGCAGCAGGGAUUCUAUUACUACCAGGGGCAUACUGGCAACAACACCAUGGGUGCUCUACAGGCAUCCGGGGCUUACGUUUUCAGGCCAAACACUACAAAAGCAUUCCAUGCCAAACAAUUAGAGAGAUCGUACAUGAGAGAGGGGAGAGUUGUUCAGGAAGUACAUCAGAGGUUCUCCCCAUGGGUAACACAAGUCGUACGGCUAUAUGAAGACGAGAUGUAUGCCGAGUUCGAGUGGACGGUCGGACCGAUUCCAGUUGAUGACGGAAUUGGAAAAGAAGUAGUUUCUCAGUUCCUUACAACGCUGGAUACGAAGGGAACAUUUUACACUGACGCCAAUGGACGAGAAAUCCUGAAACGCAAGCGGAAUGACCGAGCCACUUGGAAUUUGUACCAGACUGAACCAGUUUCAGGCAACUUCUAUCCUGUCAACAGUCGCAUAUUUAUCAAAGAUGAAGCCUUGGGUGUCCAGUUUACGAUCCUUACAGACAGGAGUCAGGGAGGCAGUAGUAUCAAUGAUGGCGGUAUCCAACUUAUGGUACACCGCAGACUACUACAUGACGAUGGACUUGGCGUUGGGGAGGCUCUUAAUGAGACUGGUCUGGAUCAUAAAGGGCUAGUUGUCAGAGGAAAGCACUAUGUCUUCCUUGGAACGUUCGGGGAGUCGUCUGCAUUUCAUCGCAGAAUGGCGUUACGUCUGUUUAUGGCUCCAUCGCUGUCGUUCAUGCCUAACGUGAUGAAGUAUGCCAACUGGACAAAACACUUCCAAACACAGUGGUCAGGCAUGAAAACCAACCUACCCGAUAACGUACAUCUGUUGACCUUAGAACAGUGGGGAGGUUCAGGCGUUGUUCCAGCCUCAUCAGAACCUUAUAUCAUACGACUGGAGCAUAUAUUUGAGACAGGUGAACAUUCGGAGUUAUCCAAGGAUGCAACUGUUAACCUCCAGGACCUAUUUGUGACGUUCGAAGUCGAUUCAGUGACAGAGCUCACUCUUGGAGCUAAUCUGGUUCUGUCAGAUCUUCAUCGACUUCAAUGGAACACGACCGAUGUCAAUGACAACAUGGAUGAGACUCCAAUGGAACCGAAAAUCCGAAACAACAGUCUAAAUGUCAAACUCUCACCGAUGCAAAUCCGUACAUACCAAGUCCAACGCAAGAAUAGAACCUGAUGUCAUUUAUAAGUUCCGAGAAAAAAACUUGUACAUAAGUAGCUCUGUGUCAAUCUAGUCUAUUCAGACAGAAACGAGCGUGUAUAAUCUUAAUUACUUUCAGAGAAGGUCCCAACUAAAGUGUUGUUUAUUUGUAUUAUGUUAAGCUACUGUUGUAUAAAUAGGAGGCGAGUUUAAAUGUCUCGAAUGUUAUAUGUGUAGAAUAUAUUUCUUUCUUAAUUAUACUUUCAUCCGAUCUUGAACUUUUUAGAUACCAUGCCUGUUUAUAAUUUUGAUACCGUAUAGGUGAUCAUUUUCACGGAUCAAAAUUUUCACGAUUUUCUUUAAACUGAUCGAGAUCUGGACGUGCGAGGACAUCUAACACACACGUGUCUCAUUAUUCCAUUGGCAAGAUUUUCACGAUUACUUUAAAGUACCGUGAAAUAGCGAAAAUACCAUUACAGCGAAAAUAACCGGCUGUACGGUAUAAAAAUAAAAUUAAGUAUUAACGCAGAUAUCUUAGAUAACUGUGUCACACACUGUUAUACGUCGCAUAUGACACUUAUACAAUAUUAAUAUUAAUAAAUUUGAUUUGGUUUCAUUGGUUUCAGACAUAAAACCUAUUUUUUUCAAGAAAAUAAAGACACUUUCUGAUA